AUGAAGAAGCUUUGUCCCAACCUUGAUCAUGAAUAUGGGCUGGAAACCGUGCUGGAAGUUCCUAUCCCAGAAGAGAUUUUCACCAACAAGAGUGGAAACACAUGGAAAAACAUGAAGCAAUGGAUAAAACCAAACAAUGAAUCAAGAUCAUCACGAUUUGAAGAUCCAAACACAAAUAUUCAGUUAUUGCUUGGUGUUGUUGGAGCUCCAUUGAUUCCUUUUCCUAUCACCAAUGACUACAAACCCAUCAUCACUCACAACAUUAAAGGCCAUAACAUUGAGGUGUCGAUGGCGAAAUAUAUAGUGAAACAAUAUGUGGCGGCGGUGGGAGGAGAGAGUGUUUUGAGUAAAGUUGAGAGUAUGUAUGCAAUGGGGGAGGUGAGAAUAGGGACAUCAGAGUUUGUAGGAGGAGAAGGGGGUGUGAAUAGCAAGAAGAUGGUGAAGAAGUCGAAGAAAGUGGAGGUGAAAGAAGAAAUGGGAGGGUUUGUUUUGUGGCAAAAGAGACCAGAAUUGUGGUGUUUGGAAUUGGUUGUUUCUGGGUACAAAAUUAGUGCAGGGAGUGAUGGAAAAGUGGGUUGGAGGCAAACGCCAUGGCAUCAUUCUCAUGCUUCUAGAGGCCCACCUAGACCCCUUAGACGUUUACUUCAGGGUCUUGAUCCAAACUCCAUAGCCAAUCUAUUCAACAACUCAACAUGCAUAGGAGAGAAAACAGCAAACAAACAAGAAUGCUUCAUUCUAAAACUCGAAACAGACUCAACUUCAUUACAAACAAGAAGCAGUAACAACAUAGAGAUAAUAGGCCACACAGUCUUAGGCUAUUUCAGCCAAAGAACAGGACUUUUAGUUCAACUAGAAGACACACAUUUGAUCAAACUCAAAUCCUCCGAAACCGAAUCCAUAUUUUGGGAAACAAACACAGAAUCUACCAUACAAGAUUAUAGAAUAGUGGAUGGUAUUCAGAUAGCACAUUGUGGGAAAACUUGGGUUACUUUGUCAAGAUUUGGUGAAGGACCUGAGAGUCAUUCAAGGACAAGAAUAAAAGAGGUUUGGAAAAUUGAAGAAGUGGACUUUAAUGUUAAAGGGUUGUGUUUGGAUUGUUUUCUAGCUCCUAGUGAUUUGAAGAGAGACGAAGAAAAAGAGGUUGUUUCUGUUAGUAAUGGUAAAUUACCAUAUAGGAUUCAAUCUGGUUCUUUUAAGAUUAGUGGUUCUAAAGUAGCUGAUUUUAAUUUGGUUGAUUCAUGUGUUAGUGAAAACAUUCAAGAUAUGUAA